AUGGACAUAACACCAUCAAAUCCUCGUAGUAGAAGUAGAAGUAGAACUAGAAAUAGAUCGACGUCCAGAAGACCUUCAUUAGCAUCCAAAAGAUCCAUUUCAUCAUCGUCUUUGAAACAAUUGACAGUAUCUUCUACGUCGUUUGAUGAUUCUUCGGUUCCUUCCGUACAAGCUACUUUAGAUAAUACUUUACCCAUUGAUUUCUUCAAACAAGAUAUUUGGAAACUUAUAAAGAUCUUAAAAAUUCAUAAAUGGCACAAAAAGCCUAUAGAUCCUUUAAGAAUCAAUGUUGUUAGGAUUUCAGGAGCUUUGACCAAUUCUAUCUAUAAAAUUGAAUAUAAUGAUAAUCAAUUCAAGAUCCCUUCGAUCCUUUUAAGAAUUUAUGGUAAGAAUGUUGAUGAAAUUAUCGACAGAGAGCAUGAGUUGGAUAUCUUAAUCAAGUUACUGUCCAAGAAAAUAGGACCUAAAUUAUGGGGGAUAUUCACUAAUGGUAGAUUCGAGCAAUUCUUGGAUGGAUUUGUUACUCUUGAUAGACAUCAAAUAAGAAAUGAAGUUAUAAGUCAAAUGCUUGGACGUAGAAUGAAAGAUUUACAUUAUAAAGUGGUGUUGGACUAUAAAGAUUAUAAGGAUAACCUUCCAGUAUGUUGGAAAUUGAUCACCAAAUGGUUGAAUAUUCUUGAAUCUAAAGAGAUUUUGAAGAAUUUCAAAGAUAACGGAGUAAAAGAUGAAGAACUAUUCUUAACUUCUUUCACCAGAUUCAAGGAAAUUGUAUUUAAGUACCGAGACUGGUUAUUUGGUCAAUAUAAUUCGAAUGGAUUUGCUUCAAAUUUCAAAUUUUGUCAUAAUGAUACUCAAUAUGGGAACUUAUUAUUACACCAAUCGUUUAAUGAAACCGAUAUUAUCAUGGAUAGUUCGGAUAAUUUAGCCAGUAUGGCUGAAGAAGCAGAAAAUGAGAACUCUAUCAAAAAUACUAGUAAUAAGAAAGAUAGUAGUUUAGUAGUUAUUGACUUCGAAUAUGGAGGUGCCAAUUUUCCAGCAUUUGAUUUGGCCAAUCAUUUCUGUGAAUGGAUGGCUAAUUAUCAUAAUCCGGAAGAAUCUUAUUUCUUGAAUGCUGAUGGAUUCCCUAGUAAAAUCGAACAAUUAAAUUUGAUCAAAGCUUAUGUGGAAUAUGAUUUCCAAUUCCCUUCAUCCAACUUGAAACUUAAAUACGAACCAAAUUUGAAUUUGAUUUCCCCUACGGAAUUGAUUCAAUUUGAAAUCAAAAAAUUGUUCAAUGAAUGUGUUCUUUGGAGAGCUACAGUUCAAAUUUAUUGGUGUAUUUGGGGAUUGAUUCAAAAUGGACCUAUGAAGAAAGAAAUCGAUGAACUCGUAGGUGAAACUGUUGAAGAACAAGGGAUCGAUAGUACUUAUACUAUUACCACCGGUCUUAACACUUUAGAAUUGAAAGAGAAUGCCAUUGAAGAUGAAAUCACUUCCUCGGAUGAUGAUUUCAAUUAUUUGAAAUAUGCCCAUCAAAAAGCAUCCUUAGCUAUGGGAGAUUUAAUUCAAUUGGGAUUAGUGGAUAAGAAUGAAUUGGUUGGCGAAGUUAAGUAUUUAGAUUGUGAAAUGUUCGAUCUUCCAUAA